UCCCUUUGAUGACGCAGAUCCUCUUAAGAGAGGCCAUGGCGAGUGAUUUCUACCUCCGCUACUAUGUGGGGCACAAGGGGAAAUUCGGACACGAGUUCCUCGAGUUCGAGUUCCGGCCCGACGGAAAGCUGCGCUACGCCAACAACAGCAACUACAAGAACGAUGUGAUGAUCCGAAAGGAGGCUUAUGUGCACAAGAGUGUGAUGGAAGAGCUGAAGAGAAUAAUCGACGACAGUGAAAUCACAAAAGAAGAUGAUGCUCUGUGGCCUCCUCCUGACAGAGUGGGCAGACAGGAACUUGAGAUAGUAAUUGGUGACGAACACAUCUCCUUUACCACAUCAAAAAUCGGUUCCCUCAUUGAUGUAAAUCAGUCCAAAGAUCCAGAAGGCUUGAGAGUAUUCUACUACCUGGUCCAGGACCUUAAAUGUCUUGUCUUCAGUCUUAUUGGACUCCACUUCAAGAUUAAGCCAAUUUAAGUCACACAAACAGAAGUUUGUAUUGCAAUGUCAGCAGUAAGGAUGGGAAAGGAAGAUCCUGUUCCAGUUCAUCAUUAUUUCUGAAAUUUUUUUGUACUUUAGAUUAUUUUUUUGAUUGUUAUUUUGUUGUUGUUACAAACUGUCAGUGACUCAAUAAAUGGGUAAGAUUUGUGUUUUUAAUUUUUAA